CUCCUCUAGCAGGGGCUCCCUCCGCUCUCCGCGGCUCUCCGGUGUCUGCCUGUGUGCUUCUAGUUAUGGAGGACCGAAGGAGAACCGGAGGGGGGUGAUGAUGGAGGUCUCAGGGCGGUGAUCGGACCGUGAUGAAUCCGUUUGACCGCUCCCGUUCCCCGCGUCGGGAGGAGGCGGAGCGCCCGGACAGCCGGUGUCCGUGGGCCCGCUUCUCCUGCUGGCUGGAGUGCGUGUGUGUGGUUACCUUCGACCUGGAGCUCGGACAAGCCAUAGAGUUGGUGUAUCCUCAGGAUGUGAAGCUCACUGAGAAAGAGAAAACCAGUAUCUGCUACCUGUCCUUUCCCGACUCCUAUUCAGGAUGCCUUGGUGACACUCAGUUCAGCUUCAGGUUGCGUCAGUCUGUGGGACGCAGAGCGGCAUGGAGGGGGGAGGAUGUUUACAACCGAGAUGCUCCGGUCAGCCUGCAGACUGAAGCGUCCCAUUUCUUCGGUUUCGUUUAUUUCCGACAGGUGAAGGAUGUUUCUGUGAAGAGAGGAUAUUUCCAGAAGUCUCUGGUGUUCGUGUCCAGGUUACCGUACACUCACCUGUUUCACUCGCUGCUGCAGCUCGUCGCUCCAGAGUUUUUCGAGAAGCUCGAGCCCUGUCUGGAAACAGUGUGUAAUGAGAUUGACCAAUGGCCUCCACCUGUUCCUGGUCUGACCCUCAACCUGCCUGUGAUGGGUGUGGUCUUACAGGUGCGGAUUCCUUCAAAAUCUGACAAACCAGGAGGAAGUCCUAUCAAACAGGCGGCUCAUGAGGAACUUUUGCCGGCUCCAACCCUGCUGCCCACCAUCCAUGAACUCGACCUCUUUAAGUGUUUUCAGUCAGUCCUCGUCCACCUGCAGAUGCUCUGGGAGCUUGUGUUGCUCGGGGAGCCGCUGGUUGUGAUGGCACCGUCUCCCACCGUCUCAUCCGAAACAGUGCUGGCACUCGUCAGCUCCAUCAGUCCUCUGAAGUUCUGCUCUGACUUCCGACCGUAUUUCACGAUCCACGACAGCGAGUUUAGAGAGUACACCACCCGCACACAGGCCCCGCCCAGCGUGGUCCUCGGUGUCACUAACCCGUUCUUCAUAAAGACGUUUCAGAGCUGGCCUCACAUUGUGCGGCUUGGAGAAAUAAAGAUGGCAGGUGAUUUACCCAAACAGGUGAAGGUGAAGAAACUUUCCAAACUAAAAACACUCGACACCAAACCAGGUGUCUACACAGCGUUCAGGUCGUUUCUGCACAAAGACAAGAUCUUGAUAAGGAGACUGCUGAAGGGUAUCCAGAGGAAGAGGCCGUCUGAGGUUCAGAGCGCAAUCAUCAGGAGACACCUGUUAGAGCUCACACAGAGCUUCAUUAUCCCACUGGAGCGAUACAUGGCCAGCCUGAUGCCUCUUCAGAGGUCGGUGACAGCGUGGAAGACUCCUCCUCAGGUGCGACCCUUCAGUCAGGAUGAGUUCAUGGCGACAUUAGAGCACACGGGGCCUCAGCUCACAUCCCUGCUGAAAGGUGAUUGGAUGGGACUGUACAGGAAGUUCUUUAGGUCUCCAAACUUUGACGGCUGGUAUCGCCAACGACACAAAGAAAUGACGCAGAAGCUGGAGAGUCUGCACCUGGAGGUCAUCUGUGACGCGGACCUGCUGGGUUGGACCAAAGAUAAGUCCGAGGUGGAGAUCGUGGAUCUGAUCCUGAAGCUCCGGGAGAAGCUGGUGAGAGCUCGGCGGCAGCAGCUUCAAGUGAGAGACGGAGUAUUUGACAAACUGGACGAUUUUAUUCACAACAUCAUCGGCUCGCUGCCUGAAGACCUGCAGACUGUCCUCAACACACAAUAACACACACUAAUAUUAUUUUCUGUGGUCAGUUAAUCUGAGUUUAGAUUAAACAGCUAAGAGCACGUUAACAGAUCACAGGUAGUUAGUAAUGAGUUGAUAGUUAGUUUAGAGUUAGUUAACAGCUGUUAGAACUAUUGAAAGUUUAAAAUUGACCUUCAUCUGAAGAUCAGAUUUAAUCAGAAAAUAAAUAACCUGAGAUUAAUCGAUUUAACUCUGAUUUGCAAUGAUGACAGUGAAACUCUGAAGCUGCUGAUUGUUUAUUUAUUUGUUAUAUUAUUUAUUUUUUCUUUCUUUGUUUGAUUCAUUUGUUGUGUCCAGAUUUUUUUAUAUUUACGUUGUUGGUUUUUGUACAAAUUUUGACGCUUUGAUUAAAUUUCUUCAUGCUUUGUUUAAAAAGGGACCGAGGAUAAAAAGUUUAUACAUAAUUUUUUGGAUUAUGGAACAAGUUUGGACUCAAUUCUUUUGAAGUCUUUUUUCGUUAAAUGACGAUAUUAAGAGUGUGGGACAGUCUGUUUGGGAGGACGGUGGAAUAAUGUUGUGUUCAUAAAAGAAAAAUGUUAAAUAAAAUCAACAUUUUUUUAUUUAUGUCAAGAUGAAAA